CGCUACAUUCACACACAAAACUGGUCGCCGCUGCACCACCCGGUUCCUCAAAUCUCUUUCAUCCGCAGUUCGAUGAUUUUGGGUUCUCCAUUAAACUCACCGAUGCCUCUGAUGUGACCGGACUUUUGUUCAUUACCGAUAAAAGUGGUCGAGAGAGCCGGAGAGAUGUCUGCCAGCGCUGUUUAUGUGUUAGAUCUGAAGGGGAAGGUCCUGAUUUGCCGUAAUUACCGUGGCGAUGUGGACAUGUCCGAGAUUGAGCAUUUCAUGAGCCUGUUGAUGGAUAAAGAGGAAGAGGGCACACUGUCGCCCAUCCUGGCUCAUGGAGGAGUUCGUUUCAUGUGGAUUAAACACAACAACCUGUACCUUGUUGCAACAUCCAAAAAGAAUGCUUGCGUCUCCCUGGUUUUCUCCUUCCUCUACAAAAUUAUCCAGGUGUUCUCAGAAUACUUCAAGGAACUGGAGGAGGAGAGUAUCAGAGAUAACUUUGUGAUAAUUUAUGAGCUGCUGGAUGAACUCAUGGACUUCGGAUACCCUCAAACCACUGACAGCAAAAUCCUGCAGGAAUACAUCACACAGGAAGGUCACAAGUUGGACACUGGAGCCCCGCGACCCCCUGCGACCGUAACCAACGCUGUGUCCUGGAGGUCAGAGGGCAUCAAGUACAGGAAGAACGAGGUUUUCCUGGACGUCAUCGAGUCUGUCAACCUCCUGGUCAGUGCGAACGGUAACGUCCUGCGAAGUGAGAUCGUCGGCUCCAUUAAGAUGAGAGUGUUCCUCUCGGGAAUGCCAGAGCUGCGUUUGGGUCUGAACGAUAAAGUCUUGUUUGAGAACACUGGCCGUGGUAAGAGUAAGUCUGUGGAGCUGGAGGAUGUGAAGUUUCAUCAGUGUGUGCGUUUGUCUCGUUUUGAGAACGAUCGCACAAUCUCCUUCAUUCCUCCAGACGGAGAGUUUGAGCUGAUGUCCUACCGCCUCAACACACACGUGAAGCCGUUGAUCUGGAUCGAGUCUGUGAUUGAGAAGCAUUCACACAGCAGAAUCGAGUACAUGAUUAAAGCCAAGUCUCAGUUUAAGAGACGCUCUACUGCCAAUAAUGUGGAGAUUCAUAUUCCCGUCCCGACUGACGCUGACUCGCCCAAGUUUAAGACCACGGUGGGCAGCGUGAAGUGGGUGCCAGAAAACAGUGAGAUUGUUUGGUCCGUCAAGUCUUUCCCUGGAGGUAAGGAGUACCUCAUGAGGGCUCAUUUCGGGCUACCAAGUGUGGAGGCAGAAGAUAAGGAGGGGAAACCACCAAUCAGUGUGAAGUUUGAGAUCCCCUAUUUCACCACCUCUGGAAUACAGGUGCGAUACCUGAAGAUCAUUGAGAAGAGCGGAUAUCAGGCCCUACCGUGGGUUCGAUACAUUACCCAGAACGGAGACUAUCAGCUGCGGACGCAGUGAACAAGCGGCAUUAGUCCAGUGAAGGGUGUGUGUGGAUCUCUCUCUCUCUGCUGUGCAUAGGUUAGACACACAUCUGCACUACUGAGAAGAAUUUAGUGAUUUGUGUCAUUUAAAAUAAAUCUCAGAACAUGAGGAAAUCAAAUUGAAUCUUCCCUACAGAGUUACUUAGAUUUUGACAAAUUAUACUGUAUUGCUAAUCAAAGACCAAUACAUUGCAAAAUAGCUGGUGAAUCUCACAAAAACACUUCAUGCCACAUUUUACUUUCGAGUUUUUGUAGUUUGCAUUAUUCUAAAUGGUGAUUCUCAUUACUCUAAAGUUACAGUAUCAAAGUAGAUAAGAACUAAUACGGUAAACUAUAUAUAUAUAUAUAUAUUUUAAUUUACAUUACAAGGCAGUACAUCAAACACUAAUUGAAAUGACAGUAUUCCAUUAAUGAAAAUUAUUUUAUCUCAUUACAGUCAUUUUUAGCCAUUUGGAAAUCUUAAUUGUCCUCAAAGGGCUUUUAGGCUUAUUUUUCUUAAAAAAAAAUAAAUAAAAAAAAUUACAAAUGUAAAUCUUUCUUUUGCGGUCAAAUAUGACCCAGAUGUGUUCUUGACAAGUUUUCAAAGAUCCACCAGUUCGCAGAAUCGCUUGUUUUGAAAUCAAUUUGUGGCUAUUUAAUUUGCUUUAAUUGAAAUACUGCAGACGGGUGCAUUCAGUUCCGGCCUGAUGUGAUACACAGCGUUGUGUUGAAAUGGACCAUCAGUGUCUCUAUAUGUUUGUUUGACGAUAAACAGCAAUCAUGUUCCUUUACGUUUAAUAAAAACAAUGCCGUUCUCCCUUGGCGUCAGCGGAAAAACAACAAAACUCAUAUCCAUCGGUAUCAACGCAUAGCCGCACAUGCGUACACAUUCGAUCUUAAUAGCGGGAGCUUUCAUACAUUUCAAAAGAGAAUGUUUUCAUUCUGUAAACCGUUCUGGGGAGACAUUCGGUUUGCGUUCAUCAGUUUCUUGUAAUAUUGACGUUCAGUCAUGCAUUCAGCAAGUCAUAAAGAGAAGUGUUCAUUUUAUGUUAAGUCCAAAAAAGGUCAAAUUAGUAGAAUUAAACCUUUUGAUAGUUCAAUAGUCAAUGCAAAAUAAAAAUGUUACAUUAGACAAUUUUGUAGCACUUGAUACCUGACAUGCUUCUAAUGUCAAAUUCAUUUCACUCAGUAUUUCUCAGUUGUUUUUUUUACAGUCAGUGUUUUUGAUGUUGUUCCUGCACAUGGAUUCAUUGUGUUACUAAUAUUUUAUUUUGUUUAUUUUUGGUUUAAUUUAAAUUUUUAAUUCAGUAUUAUUGGUUACAGGAGUACCUCAUAUAAGUUUGCUGAAAUGCAGAAUUACAUUGUAUUUACAUGAUCCCUUCACAAACUAUUAAACAAUGGUGCCAUUUAAAAAAUAGAAAACAAUUAAAUGAAAAUACUGUUUUAUAUAUAUAUAUUGUUUGUUAAUUUUUCAUUUGCCUUGAGAGUAUGAAGGUUACCAUAUUUACCAUGGUGCUGCAUGCCGUGGAGUUGAAAUGUGACAUAAAUGCAUUCCCUCAAUGUUCCUGUAUCUCUUAAACUCAAACAUCACGUGUCUGUACCUUUCUGUACAUGUCAAGCAUCAUAAAGUAUCUGUUUAAGAAAUCCUAGGCCUGACCUGUCUCAUACUUGCUGCUGUUAUUUUUAUUAAUUAUACAUUUUUACUUUAUUGUUGUGCAGUACAGUACAUUUUUUUCUGAUCGACCGAUAUGGGUUUUUCAAUAGACGAUGUAUAGAUGCCAAUACCAAUAUGUAAAGAGAAUGCCAGUAUAAUGCCAAUGUAUAAUUUAAAUGUUCAAAAAUAGCUUUAAAAAAUGAAAGGUGCUAUAUGUAAUAUUUUUACUGUACUAAAUCAUAAAAUGACCAUAAUAUGUCAUUAGAGAUUUAGGAAACAUGCUAAGUUGAAACACUGGCUUCUCCGUUAACAAUGCUACAGCCAGUAUAUUCUACUUUGAAGUUUCCAUUCUGGGCCGGAAUUUCUGUUUAUGUUUUGGCCUGUGUGAUCCCGCCCACUGCCCACUCACCAAUAGUAUUUCGACACCACCGGGUUGCCAGAUUUGAACAAGUUUGCAGCCACGGAAGCCGGCAAACGAACUGGAUCAAAGAUAUCAGAUUCCACCCAUCCUAAAAAGCCUCGACAUCCGUCUAAAAACCACCAUGACUAGAGGCGUAGUGAAACAAGGAUAAAUACUGGAGAUGCCUUUGGAAGAUGGAGACAGCUUAAAGCCCAGAAAUCCUUUAAAACGGACGCCGAGUUGGCUAAUAUGCGUGUCAACAUUCUGGCAACCCGCAUGAACUUCGAGUCUGAGGACGGGGCAGACAACUCUCCAAUAUUUUGAAUUUAGACUACAGUACCCAUUUCAAACGCUUGUUGUCAAUCUUACAUAUAGCACCUUUAAAUAAAACAUUUAUC